GGGUCCCGUAAACCAAGUGUUAGAACCGUUUUUCGUAUCGAAAAUUAAUCGUCUUCCGGUGAAAAGUUUCUCGCACUUACGAUCGAUCCCAUUCGUUACCGCGUGGACAAUUCGAUGACAAGAAAGUACCAGUGUCAGAGCUAUUCGUCGAUGGCCAGUAUCGAGAUUUACAGUAACGGUGUGUGUCGUGCAUGUGUAACGACUUGUACAUAACUAACAUGUGUCUGAACGAUUAUCUCGUAUUCACGCAUGAUUUUCACUGGAUACUUGCAACUAACGCUUGAACCUUUGGAAAAAGAAAAGAAAAGAAAAAGAAGAAAAACACGUCAGUCAAUUGAACGUCUCCGAGAGUUCGGUAGUGAAAUGCUUGGUGAUACGAGACAGUCGUGCCGGAUCGAGGCAAAGCGCGAGGCCUUACCCAAAGUCACAUGCGUGACUCGAGAAAGCAAAGAAACAGAGGAACAAGUAUACGUAACUUUGCAAUCGUUGAUCUCGCUAAAAUGAUUCACCACUACUGCCACCAUUACCAUCCACUACCAAAAAACCAUCGCUGCUACCAUCGUUGUUUCCAUCGAUCAGAUAGCGAGAGAGAAUGUGUGAUAGGAAAGAAAGAGAGUGAGCGAGUGAGAAAGAAAUUAUCCGAAGAUCAAAGUUGAAAUGAAUCGCUUUUAUGACGGUGUGGUGCACUCGAAUGUCGGCUUUUACGGUCAAGCUUUCCAUCGUGUUUAACGGCAAUCGAGACUAAUGAAUACAUUUUCCUUUCGUCAAAAUUCUCAUCGUAAGGUAUCGCGUUUGGAGAGCUUGCCGCGUGUAAAAAAGGACGCUCGAAAUGAAGAAAGUCCAGCCAAUCUAACCGGUGAAAAAAUGCAAAAGAUUCGUGAACAAAAGAAAGAAAAAACGCGAAGUUGUGCAUCGCAGCUGGCCUUUUUUUCGUUUUUCGAGGCACUCUUUCAAAAUGGGACCCACGCGUUUUACGUAGCGCUUCUUUCAGGCCGACGAAUUUGUUCGGCGUCUUGUUCUUCCAGUACAUAUAUACAUAUAAAUAUACAUAUAUAUAUUAUACAUACAUUCAUACAUACACAUAUUCAUACACAAAUAAAUUAACAAACAAAUAAAUUAUAUAUAUAUAUAUAUAUAUGUAUGUAAAAAUAUGCGUAUAUGUUAACGGAUGUGUAUAGGUAACCAAGAAAAAAACAAAAAAGAAAAAUCGGCGAUCGAGCCAAAUCACGACAUAACUCUCGACACGAGGAGAUCCUCCAAUCGAUAUCGAGGGACAACGAACUAUUGAUCGUCGCAACGUCGUUUAGUAACAAAAUUUUCUCGUCAUUCGAUGGAAAUCGUACCGAGCGAUUAUCGAGAUUCCGAUGGAUACGAACUUCAGUGCUAAUUUCCCUUACUUUCCCAGAGUUUUCCAUCUACAUCGUGUUUACUCUUUAGAUCGACCGACUGCGGCCUGUGUCUGUAAAUAAUUAAUCCUGAAUCGGUCGUCAAAGCGGUCGAUCGAUCAUCGAUCACCAAAGAAGCAUAGUUUGUGACGCGGGAAACGUUCAACGUUCAAUCCCACGGAAAUUUUAAUACAAGUUUUUCAGGCAUCUACCUCACUUCUAUCUUCCGCUGCGUCGUAUCGCAGCACCGUUUCUAACCGCAUAACGUCUCCUUUUCCAUCUUACCUACUCUUCCAUGUUAACGCGAUCGUCGCACAAACUAUUCUUCUAUCUAUAUGGCGGGGCCCGCCAAUGGGAUCGUGUUUUUCUUGUCCAGCCGAUACGCAAGCUCGAUUUUUGCGUAACGAUUUUAAAAGGACGAGACUCUUAGAAUCCGAGGAACGAUCGUCGAUCCCACGGCGGUCGCGAUCGGCGUUACGUUUUGUACAUACGUACAGAGUUUUGAUAAACGAUAUCAAUAAAAAGUUUUUAGGAGGAGAGUUUAGGUUUCGACUGGAGAAGAAAACGGACGGGCCUUGAUGAUUAUCGCGUGUGUCAUUCGUUUCAAGGUUCGUUCGUUUCCCUCGGCUAGUGCUGUUGUUACCUAAAGUUUUGCCACCUGUACUUUAUUAACGCUCGGUAUUGAUAAGUCGAAUACGAUAUCCCAUAUUUUUUUAUUCAACCUGAUCGAAAUAUAUCCCGACUGGAAUAACAGGGAGAGAAAGAGAGAGAGAGAGGGAGAGAGAGAGAGAGGGAGAGAGAGAGAGAGGGAGAGAGAGAAAGAAAGAGCGAGAGAAAGAGAGAAAAGUAAAAUGAAAGAGUGGCCGUUUGAUACAGUCAAUUAAGUUGCCUCGUCGCCAUUAAAUUUAAGCAGCGGUAAAAGCGAUCGCUUUCAAUGCACACGCGCACAAUGAGAUAGUACGAACCGGUGGCAAGAUUACUGCUUGAGUAAUCGGAAGCCGGCUAAUAAAGCCAAUUAAAAGUGUCAAUCGGUAAUCGAUAGAUCGUGUCUCGCUUUUCUAACAGACACUCGGAAAGUAUUCGAGCGAAGUAGAAGAAAAGGAUGGCUACGGUUCCAAGACGAACCAGUUCUAGCCGAUGCUGGCCUGGUCUUUUAACGGCCGCUUACCUUUGCGCCUUCGUCCUGUGGAUCGACGGAAUGCUCGGCUGCGCCGGGCAGAGGCCGAAAAAUAUAGGCACGAAGAAACGAGACGUUUACAUCGCCGGAUUCUUUCCGUACGGUAGUCACGUGCCCGAGAGUCAUAUCGGUCGUGGUGUCAUGCCUUCGGUCAAGCUCGCUGUUGAUCAUAUCAACGAGAAUCGCCGUGUCCUUAAAAACUACCGACUGCACAUGUGGUGGAACGACACAGAGUGCAACGCCGCCGUUGGCGUGAAGGCGUUCUUCGAUAUGAUGCACAGCGGACCGCACAAGGUGAUGCUAUUCGGAGCAGCUUGCACGCACGUCACAGAUCCCAUCGCCAAAGCAUCGAAGCAUUGGCGUCUCACGCAGCUUAGCUACGCAGACACGCACCCGAUGUUUACGAGCAAUAGCUUUCCAAAUUUCUUUAGGGUGGUGCCUUCCGAGAACGCGUUCAACGCUCCCCGCGUUGCGCUUUUAAUGCAUUUCAAUUGGACCCGGGUCGGUACCAUUUAUCAAAACGAACCGAGAUACGCUCUGGCACACAAUCGGCUGCUCACAGAUCUAGAUGACUACAGCAUGGAAGUGGUGGAGUCGCAAAGCUUCGCCACUGAGGUGACCACGGCGCUCGAGAAGCUGAAAGAGAAAGAUGUUAGAAUAAUUUUAGGGAAUUUUAACGAAGCGUGGGCUAGACGAAUAUUUUGCGAAGCGUAUAGAUUUGGCAUGUUUGGGAGAAAAUAUCAAUGGGUGAUUAUGGGAACGUAUGCUAAUGACUGGUGGAUGCAUUCUGGGGGCGGAUGCAAUUAUACUAAUCUUGUGGAAGCUCUGCAGGGUGCUAUAUUAACUGACCUGCUGCCGAUCAAGACGGAGGAGCAGGAGACCGUAGCUGGAAUCACAACCGAGCAGUAUCAGUUCGAGUAUGACUCGAGACGAGGCGGGGAGUAUUCCAGAUUCCACGGAUAUACGUACGAUGGUAUAUGGGCGGUUGCUCUAGCUAUAGAACACGUGGCAGGCAAGAUAACACAUCACCGUCGCAAUCAGACCAUGUCGGAUUUCAGAUACAGGGACGAAUUUUGGGAAGAACUCUUUCUCGAAGCUCUGAAAAACACCAGCUUCGAAGGUGUCACGGGACUCGUACGUUUCUAUGAUAACGAAAGGAGAGCGUAUAUUCUGUUGAAACAGUUUCAAAGAGACAGAGAGGUAAAGGUCGGCGAAUUCAAUGGCAUGACAGGGGUUCUGAAUCUGUCCAAGGGCGAACCCUUGGUCUGGGGAGGAAAAUCACCACCAAAAGAUCGAACGCUUCACAUCAUCGAGCAAUCGACCGUAAAUAUUACGAUCUACGCCCUGCUCGCUUCCGCGGCUAGCGUGGGUAUCACCAUGGCGGCCAUUUUUCUCGCCAUCAAUAUCAAAUAUAGAAAUCAAAGAUACAUAAAAAUGUCAUCGCCGCAUUUAAACAACCUCAUUAUCGUCGGAUGCAUGCUGACCUACAGCAGUGUAAUUUUCCUUGGGUUAGAUUCGCAGCUGUCCAGCGUAACGGCAUUUCCCUACAUUUGCACCGCCAGAGCAUGGCUAUUGAUGGCUGGCUUUUCCUUGGCCUUUGGUUCCAUGUUCUCGAAAACAUGGCGAGUGCACUCGAUAUUCACCGACGUUAAAUUGAAUAAGAAGGUGAUAAAGGAUUACCAGCUGUUCAUGGUAGUCGGUGUAUUAUUGGUUAUCGAUUUGGGGAUUAUGACGACCUGGCAGGUUGCAGAUCCAUUUUACCGAGAAACGAAACAAAUGGAGCCUUAUCCUCAUCCUUCCAGCGAAGACAUCAUCAUAAUACCAGAAAAUGAAUACUGUCAAAGUAAUCGAAUGACCAUUUACUUAGGAUGUAUAUAUGCAUACAAAGGUGUCUUGAUGAUAUUUGGCGCUUUUUUAGCAUGGGAAACCAGACAUGUUAGUAUUCCAGCGUUAAACGACAGCAAAUACGUCGGAAUGAGUGUAUACAAUGUUGUGAUCAUGUGUGUCACCGGAGCAGCUAUAAGCUUCGUGUUGGCUGACAAACAAGACGCCAUGUUCAUUAUGUUGGCGAUAUUCAUAAUAUUCUGCAGCACCGCUACUCUAUGCUUGGUUUUCGUACCAAAGCUGAUAGAAUUGCGAAGGAAUCCUCAAGGUGCUAUAGAUAAACGAAUCAGAGCCACACUCAGGCCAAUGUCGAAGACGAGAAGGGAUUCGAGCAUCAGCGAAUUGGAAGAACGUCUGAAAGAAGCCACGCUGGCGAAUCAAAAGUUUCGUAAGCAACUGCUGGAGAAGGAUUCAGAACUUCAGAUGUUUCUAAGGAGGAUCGAUGAUCAAACUGCAUCGAAUACGCAAGAAGCGAUGGACAGACUGACGGUUCCGAGACAAGAAGGCACAACGGUGAAAAAAGAGGGUCUAUCUGUUACGACAGAGACAACGGACAUUUCGAUGUCGAUGUGCAGCCUAAACUCGACUACCACAUCUCAACCGGAAGGCGGCGAAUACACGAAUUCAACCGCGACCGAGCAUCAAAUUGGCAAGAAAAAGACAUCUUUCUCGAAGGUACCGGCAAUCGCGAUCGAUAGCGAACGAGUUCCUUUGGUUCCCGAAAUGCAAGAGAUCAAGAAGGGGGCUGUAGAUAACUCGACCUCGGCUCCACCCUCGGCAUUGAAACACGCGGACGACUUCGGCCGUAGAAGAAGUCGUUCGUCCGGACCUGGGAAAGAGAGCGAGCCUCUUCUUACCGAAAGGAGUCCGGACUCACGACCGGAUGCAGGUAAAACGAAUGUCGAAUUCGUCCCGGAAAUUGUCGAAGAAGGAGACGCUAUUAUCCUCGAAGAGACUGAGAUACCCAGACAUGGAAAGUCAAUCAGAUGUAAAGACGAUCGUAGGUCCAGACUCCCUACACCUCCGCCAACGAAAAAUGUCUCGUUUGGUGAACUACACGAGCAGAACUACCUCGAGCAAGCAAUUCUGCCUCCUCCAUUGCAAUUCGUGCCCAAACAUCGACAUUCUGUUGCGGCGACAAACGCAUCCGCUCAUCAUUCUCUGAAAAGGAGAUCGUCCGUAAAAAGUAACGGAAUGGCUCAUUCCCAUCACGAGUUGUUCCAAACUCGGAGGACUAGCGUACCGGCCAACUGCAUCAGCUAUAUUUCGACUGAAAACGUAUCCAAAUCCGAAGCAACGGAAAUCUCGCUGAAUUCUGGCCUCGAUAAAUCUUACGUUAUCGGCGAGUGUGGUCAUCGUCGGGCAUUACUUUCUGGUACUGGGUACCGUUGCGAGAAACACGGUGGUCGAAGACACUCCCGGGCGAUGUUGAACGGCUCGGCAGAAACUCCGCCUCCACCGCGAAGGCAGAGAAAGCAUUACGAUUCUCAAAACGCAAGUUCUCCGAGUGUGCCUGCUAUGGUCAACGCGAGUUACUCCGAUACAGAGAAAUAUGAAGGAUCCAUGUCGACGAUCAUCCAGCGGUCAGUGUCUGAGAGAUCGCGAGAAAAGUGCCCUAGGCUGCGAGGCGAGGGUCACGCGAUGAUCGAGUGUCCGCAUCGCGCCACCCGCCGAAUACGAGAGUGCAGACACACCGAGUCGAAGUUACGGCAGCAGGCUCGCCUGGAAUACGUGCAAAGUACGCCAAACGUCGCUACCAUUCACAAUAACAAAUUCGCAAGCGCGAAUCCGCGUGGGGGUGGCAGUGGCGGUGGCGGUGGCAGUGGUGUGGCUGGAAGUGCGAAUGGACCGGGAACGGCCAGCUCCGUGACCGGUAGCAGUUCAGACGUUGUUGGUGGUUCCGCUGCGAACGUUUCAAAAAUGUAUAGUGCCGUGUCGGACGGCGAAUUGCUCGAUCUAGCGAUCUUACCGAUUUUUCAGAAGCUGCUCACCGAGAGGCACAAAAGUUCCUCGAGGGCCGGCUACGGCGCUAGUGUAGCCAGCUGUCCGAAUAUAUCCAUCAAAUGCGACAUCGUUGAAUACCUUUAACGAUCUUCCAACGAUUAGUUUCGAAUUUCACCUGGUGAUCUCGUUCUCUAUCACUUUCCCUUUCUUCGAAUCCUCUUUCUCUCUUCACGGCCUUAAGACGCGUCAUCAACUCGCGAAACGCGUUUCCUGACGGCCGAGACUACAUCUUUUUUCGCGAGCAAUCAUCGUUCCUUUCUCGAGCCUGCCUACCUUUGCGAUACUCUCGCGGACGUUUGAGCGAGCAGCAGCGCUGCUAUUUCGAAUAUACGUAAAUGUAUGCAAGUAAGACGCUAUGUUGUUCAUAAGUCAUCAGACGCUUCGUAUGUUUCUUACAUAGAGAUAUAUAUAUGAACGUUGUAAUUACAAAAAGAAGUUGACAUUUAUUAAUCGUUUUUAUGAUAAGAAAAUUAUACUAUGUUUUAAAGAUCUUAUUAUAAAAUAUUUUAAUAAACGUUACGUUUCAAAUUGACGAGGGACUGAUGACUUAUGGAUAGGAGUCCUAUCGUAGGACUAAGUAGGUAUAAGCGAACGUUACAUUCCUAUGCGGACGGAAAGGAAACGAUAUCGAAGGAUUAACGAGAGGAUGCCGGCCUCUGUUCGACGCUCGAGAAUCUUUUAGCCUUUCGGUUAACGAAACGAAUCGAACGAAUCGCUCGCGAUAUUCUACGAACAAGUUUUACGGAAAUCUACAGCGUCUGCACUGUAACGGUUACUCUUCGGAACUUUUGCCAUUUUCGUUUCCUCAUCUCGAUUCUCGUUCCGACGACGAAAAGUCGUACAAAACGAUACAGGCACAUGACGCCUUUGCGUCCACGAGAAAACGGAUGUCACAGCGACCUAUCGUUCCAAAAUGCGGAGCCCCGUUUUUUAUAACAAAUUACAUGAAAGCAGUUUGUCAUACGAAAAUAAAAAAAUAACGUUGCAUCGAUUCGGUCGAUAAGAAAGAAUAGCCAGUAUUGAGAUGAACGUAGAAAAAAAGGGUGUUAGCGUAUGCGUCUAAUCUAACUCUAUCAUUGUAAGCGUGCGUAAUCGUUUUAAAUAAUUUUAUAGCGUACGAAAUUCGUACAAUCGCUGUUUAGCAAAUUCGAAGAAUAGACGUACGAGUCGAAAAAUUUCGAACCGUUUUAUAGGAUUUUUCCCUCGCGUUUCGAGGGAGAUAACUUUUUUUUACGUUAUACCAAGAGUCUCUUCUUAAAAAAGAAACAGAAAAAAAUGAAAAAGUACAAAAAAAAAACGAACAAAAAGGAUUAAAGGGAAAAGAAAAUGAAAAAAAUAUGUCACGUAUGUUGAUUUUUGUCGCAAAUACGCGUUCGCGUCAUAUUAAAUCAUAUUUAACGAACUUCUUACUACUGUACUGACGCAAAUUAAUUCUAAACUGAUUGUUAUCAACUCCCGAGACAGCUCAAAACACACUAACACAUUGUCAUGAAAAAUAAAUAAACAAGUGAAGCAUACAAUAAGCGUUCACAAUAAGAGGCUUUCAAAAAUAUUGUCCUUGUCAUUAUCUAAAACUGUAUUCGCUUUUUCACGAUAAACGGCCGGCGUCUUUUUGUUGACGAAAUAUAUCACAAUGUGAACAAUUUACGGGCAAGUUCUAAAUGUGAUCUAAAUGCCUAGUAAAAGGAAUCGAUGAAAUACUGUAUUAUCUUUUCGUUCCGCAUAUUUUAUCCUAACCCAUUUUCCUCUUCUUCUCUACCCCGCGCUUUCUCUGUUUCUCUUUCACCUUCCUUUCUCGUUCCAUAUUGUUUCAUUCGUAUCUUUUCUCCUUCUGUUCGUCUACACGUAUUUUUUUUUUUUUUUUUUUUUUUUUUCUAAAAUCUGAAACAGCCUACGAUAAACGAAAAGUCGAAAAAGCGUCCGGAUAUUUGGAAAAGCGUAUUCUCUGAGAGCCUAAUGCUCGUCACAGAACUUUCAUUGUGUGGUUACGCGAGUCUUGUAUAUAACUAUCGAAAUAAAUGUCAUGUUUACAGGUAAAAAUAGGCAUUUGUUAUGAAACAUGAAUUACACCCGCUUCAUACUUUUUAAGCAGGCGUAACUCCUCUUUUUAACUAUAAACACACUUGUUAUCUUUGUAUGUUAUGUCACAGUAAUUUCCACUCGUUUGCGAAACUCUCGAUGCACGAAACAUCGAAAUUUGAAAACUUUGGAAAAAUUUCGAUAAUUUAAAGUAAUUAAGUACGAGUCGAUACUAACAGGUCAAUUAUAUUAAAUUUUAUCAAUAAAGUUGAUUCAUUCGUUUUCCACUA